AGCCGUCGAGCCGGAUGAGCCUUGGAUGUGCAGAUACUGUUCUGUAGGAGCGUUCUGCCCAUACCUUCAGAACCCCUUUGAGGCGAAAGACAAGAAACAGCCACUGCGCAGACGCAGAAUUCAUACGAUACGUAAAGAGGGCAGUUUAAGUUCGGGUAAUUCGACGGAGGACGAGGAUAGGAAAGGCCUUCCUCGUGAAAUGUCGAGUUACUUUUACUCGCUUCCUUCACAACACCGAGACGGACACAGAUCGCGUGGGCGUCCACCACUCAGCCACAACAGGCACCCCAGUGACAAGAAGACAGCCCGCGAGUCAUCCCGCGGGACGGUACGAACACCUGCGAGGACACGUGACCAGCACGUGGACAGGGAAAACGACAUGGAGUUGAGCUCUAGAAAAACCCAUGGAAGACACGGAGAGCGCACGGAAUCGCGUUUUCACUCCCCAGGGAGAUCAAAGUCUUCUGAUGAUCUAGCAGAGCCCGCUAAAGAUCGAUCGCGUGAGACAACGCCUACAAUGGAUCAAAAAGGAGAGGACUCGAGCAAAAAGAAUUAUCGUCGCGAGUUGCCGCGCGAGAAACAGCGCUUAACGCAGGAUUUAGCGAAGCAGAAGAGACUUCUAAGCGAGGACUUAGCAAGGGCUCAAACGUUACAACGGGCUCCCGUGAAGAGCGAGACUGGGGAUAGUGAGGAUUCCCCGAGGAGCCCCGCAAGCGACUGCUCCACCGGGCGAGAUUUGAGCAUGUACGAGAAAUGCUACGGAGGUUUAUCUCCUGAUAGUCAAAGCAGUGCGGCGAUUCCAGAAAAAGUUGAAAAAGCUACGGAUAAAAACAAGUGCGAUACUGUCGGGGAGUCGCUAUUUGAGCGCGUCCUGCAACGGAGUACACAGGAGAAUAAGAAAAUUGAAUUUGUCAGUGAUGACUCUUUGGGUAUGUGCGGAGGUGGUGGUAGCCAUAGCAACCACAUUUUGACUGACAGUAGCCAUGGUAACGUCACAAGGACCGAUAAAGUCGCUCUUCCAGUGGUCGAGAAUGUCACUGACGAUGAGCUUCCGGUGGAUGCUCGAAGUGUUGAACUGACUGUGAAUGGAGUUGCUUCGCCAGAUAACGUCCGGGAUGCCUGUGGUGAGAUGGAUAAAAACUCGACACAAAAUGUGGAUAAAUUGCCUGGGGAUGGAUCUGUUAACAAUUGCGCAUGCGCAGAUCAGCCAGAGGGGUAUUUGGUUAAUGGUAUUGACGAUAAGACCAAAUCGCCAAAAUCAGAUCACAGUAUCAAAAGUGACAUCAAAAUAUUGGAUAAUGACGAAGUUCAGUGUGAGCACUCGCAUAAGUACGGCAACGCGCAUGAAAGUGAUGAUCACGCAUGCGCAGAAUCUAAUUGUAAGGAUGACCAUUCAGAGAAAGAGGCUGAAGACAUGGACAAUAAUGAAGGAAAAAGCAGCACACUUUACGGACAGGAAUCGGACUCUAAUAAUGAAGGAAUGUCGGAUGCGGAGGAGUUGAGUGAUUCUGAGCUCGCCUCAUCAGGGCGGUCUAAAGUGAAACGAAAAAAGAAAAAGAAGUGUAAGUCCAAGUCCCCAACAAAGGCUGAUUCGCCUCAGAGACCGCUCAGGCGAAGCAAAUCGAGUAAAAGGAUCGGUCGCCCACCAAAAACAAAUAAGAAAUCUCAACCGCUUGAUUCGGACAGUGAAGAAAACGUGGAACAGCUUGAAGAAGAAGAAAACGCGGAAAACUUGGAUUCAGUUAAUAUCAACGAAGAUGUUGCGGGGGAUAGCAAGCGAAAGGAGGAAGAGAGAGGCGAGGGUGGGGAAGAAUUUUCCCCCGAGGAGGGUACUGAGGGUAGAGACGACGGUAGUCCCUCACAUCAGGAUUCAGACACGGAGGAUAACAGUCAGGAUAUUUUUUCCCUGACGGAGUCGGAACGGCUGGAGCUUGAGGAGCAAGGACGAAGGGAACGAGCUCGCAAGGAGAAGCGAAUCGCCGCGAGACACAAACGCAAAAGCGAGGAGAAGGACAGAGAUAAAGAACGCGCAACACCGCCUCAUUUGAUCAGCCAGAAUCGCUUUGCACGCGACCUGCCUAGGCACAACUGGCUGGUUGAGAGGCUACUGCAGCAGAAGAAAUUAGGGCAGGAAGCCCUGAAACCAGGAAGUGACGAGAAUCCAGAUAACGAAGAGGAGGAGGAAGGGGAGGAGGAGGGUGUCAAGGAGGAGGAGAAGGGGGAAGCAGAGGUAGCGGAAGAGGAGGCGGUACCAGUGGGUGUGGCACCUCCUAAUAAGGUAAAGCCCGUGGACGACCAGGAGCCCGGUAGCCCUCACAAAGACGAAUUCCAAUCUGAGCUUCACAAGAGCUUUCUCAGGAGGAGUUUCCCUUCUAAGGUGCCGCGAACACCGCCCAAGCUGAAGCCGUCAUCUCCUGACAACAACACCGGCGACAAGCCUGUGCCUCCUCCACUCAAACACAAGCUACAGCACAAGGAGCUCUCGGCGCUUGAACCUGUGCCCAAACUAAAGAAGAUUGUCACAGAGUCAGAGAAACCAGAGGAAACACCGGCAGAAAAACAGAGCGAGAGACCUGAGAGCCCCAAGGAAGGUGAAAACAACAAGUCGCAAAGCCCAAUAGAAAUCCUAGACGACGAGGAAGACAAGAGAAAUAAGUUCGGCGCAAGUGAAUCUCAAGACGGGAUCAAAACCGAGAGGUCCGAGUCACGGGAGGAUAGUGUUUCCCCGGAAAAGCGUUCAACGUUUUCUCCGGCCAAAAAAGGCAUCGCUUUCUCUCCGCCUAAAAAAGUCGCCCACUCGGUUAGUCCGACUCUGCCCGGAAGCGGAAGCGAGUGCGGUAGUCACGUUACGCCACAUCACAGAGCAGCAAUACUUAUUCCAGUUGUGCCGAUGCACGAUGUAAAUGGGGUCCCUAUUCCGCCGAGUAUGGGUCCUUCGUCACCUCACUUAAACGGACGCUCACCGAGAACAUUCACCCCUCAGUUGAUAACCCAUAAUGUCCCUUUCUCGAGUUCAGGCAUGUUUGGCUCUCCCCUUCCACCGAGUCGCUACACCGCGGGCUCAUGCAUGCACCAUAUGCUCCCUGGACACAAGGCCAGCCCGUGUAAACGCGACGUCAACUGCCCAUUUCAUGGAGCCUCGCCCCGCGGGAUGCCGCCCUCGGGAAUCCUCGGGCUCCCUUCGCAUCAUGGGAUGAUCCCUUCGUACGGUCAACAUGGACACGACUUCUCGCAAAUACUGGGAAGGGAACAACGGGAGUGCGAUAAGCCGCACUGCACAAGC